AUGAGCGAAAAACAUCUAAAAUUCUUCAAAGAUCUAAACCAAUUUUAUGACGUAAACUAUUGGAGACCACCCGGAAAAAUCAGCAAAUCAGUGGAGUUUAUAAUAUCACCUGAAGACAAGCCAGCAUUUACGAAAGAUGCCGAACAUUUGGGUAUCUACUUGGUGACAAUCAUGGAUAACGUACAAAGGGCAUUCGAUGGACAAACCGUGCGAAGUUACGUAAGAAGAAAAAUGGAACAGUUUGAUUGGCGUAGUUAUUUUAAAACAAUUGAUAUCUACAAGUGGUUAUUUGAUCUUGGAAAUGAAUAUCCUCAGGAGGUUUACUUAGAGAGUAUUGGAAAAACUUUGGAGAACCGAGAUAUUAUUGCAGUUAGAAUUCUUUUAGGCACCGGUAAAAGAAGACCUAAGGUGAUAGUUGAAGGCGGAAUACACGCUCGAGAAUGGAUAUCUCCAGCAUUCGUGACGUACAUGAUUAACCAAAUCCUCCAUGCGCCUAAAUCAAAUAAUACGGCAUUGAAAGAAAUCGCUUAUGCAUACGAAUGGUAUUUCGUGCCAAUCUUAAAUCCGGACGGCUACGAAAUAACUCAUACUUCGGAUCGUUUAUGGAGGAAAAAUAGUCGAGGCGUUGAUCUAAACAGAAAUUUUGGGAUCGCAUUUGGAACUGUCGGAGUCAGUUUUAGUUCAUGGGAUAGUUCAUAUUGCGGUGAUCACGCUUUUUCUGAACGAGAAAGUUCUUCUAUGGCUUCAUUCGUGCGUUCCAAAAGCGAAGACUUGGAAUAUUAUCUCGCAUUUCAUUCAUACGGCCAAUAUAUGAUAAUACCUUACACAUUCACAAAGAAACAUUUAGAAAAUUACGAAGAAGUGUACGCAAUGGGUAAGAAAGCAGCACUAAGAAUUGCUGAUAAACACGGAACCGGAUAUACUGUAGGAACGGCUUAUGAUACCGUCGGCUACUUAACAUCUGGAGUUAGUGGAUGCUGGGUCAAGAAAACAUUUAAAGUUCCAUAUGUGAUGACGUUCGAGCUUCGAGAUGAAGGAUACUACGGUUUCGCACUACCUCCGGCAGACAUCUUACCGACAUGCGAAGAAACGAUGGACGGUGUACUAUCUUUGCUUUCACCAACCCAACGGAAACUUUCGCAAGCUAAGGGCGGACAGGGUCACAACAUUUUGGAUAGAUUAGUGACAGCUUGGAACAUAGUUUUGUUUAUAUUUGUACGUUACGGUUAG